CACAGAGAGAGAGAGAGAAUGAGAAAAAGAGAAAACAAUGUGUAAAGCGCGCAAAAAUUCCAUUGUAAAGCGGAAUUCCCUCUCCCCCCACCACACACACACACACACAAUGCUCUCAAACAUAUACUACUUAAACAACGAAGACGCCAGAGAAAGACACACCAACACCCUCAUCAUCACCAUCUUGUCGUCGUUGUUGUCACCGAAAGGAAACAAGAAGCAGCAGCAGCAGCAGCAUAAAUAAAGCGCCAACAAAACAGCACAACAAGGACUACUAAGGACUCUCAAACAUUUUUACUUUGACUUUUGAGCACACAACACCACGCACGCACCCUCAAUGCAUAGUUUUAAAAAAUGACUGCUGAAAACUACCACCUCAAAUGGGACUCGCACUCAACUUAUUUGAACUCUUCCGUGGCAACUUUAUACAAGAAUGAAAAAUACGCCGAUGUCGUUUUAUACAGCUCCAAUAGUACACUAUCAGCGAACAGUUCCAUGCCCACCGUUGGCAUAUCAGCACAUAAAUUCAUACUGAGUUCGUGUAGUCAGUUCUUUUCGAGCAUAUUUGAAACCUCGCCCAUAGCCAAUGGCUCCAAUGGCCAAUUUCAUAUUGUACUUCCGCCCGAUCUAAGUCAUAGAGCUAUCCAAAUUCUGGUACAAUACAUGUAUGUGGGCGAAGCCACGGUCUCAAAUGAUAUUCUAAGUGAGGUCCUGAAGGGUGGGGAACUUCUAAAGAUAAGAGGAUUAUGCCGUACCCCCUCCCCACUGGCGUCGAGUAUGCAGCACCAGAAUCGGACGUCAGAUGUUCAGCAGACGGUUUCAACUAGCAAUGCAGCCACAUACAAUUUGAUACGCAUGCCAUUGAACACUGGUCCCACCUCGGUGCGUUAUUUGGUGGAACAACAACAACAACAAGCGGUUUCCAGAGGUCUUAGUGCCUCCGGUUUGCCCAAGACAAGUCCAGUGAUUAUGAAAUCAACGAAACCUAUAGGCACUCUAGCAGUUCCAGCCGCGGCCGUUAAUAUUGGCAACAUGGCAUCGUCGUCCAAUGCUAUAUCCAUUAACAAACAUGUGGCCAUAGAUCCGGGUGAAAAGUGCUGCUAUCCCACGCAGGAGUCGGCGGCGCCAUUGAGAGAUGAAUCGACAACUUCCAUGUGCAACGAACUAGGAUGUAAUGGAUGUUCACGUAUGACUGAAAAUCCCCCACACCCACCGUCGCAGAUAAUUUUGCAAAGAGAAAGCUCUCACCCACACACGGACACCUCAAGCAACCCAAUGUGCACAAAAAACUGUUCAGACUAUUUGCCACCAACGACAGGUGGUGUGGAGUGCCCAGAGGAGAAUACUUCCAAUUUGUAUGAACAGGACAUACAUUUGUCCAAUGCAGAGCAUGACCAUUCAGAUGGCGGCGGCAGCAUGCUGGAUGCCUACGGAGGUGGUGAUGGUUUCGUUUAUUCUAAACAUUUAACUCAUCCCAAACAAACGACGGUCAUCCGAGGUGAGGGAGAUAGGCAGCAUUUAGUAGCGGCAUCACCACCAGCCCAUACACAGCAGGUGGUUGCAACAACCACAUCGGCCAACACCACAUCGUAUGUAGCGAUAAAGGAAGAACCGGCCGAUUGGAUAGCGCCUUCAAGCACCAUGCACUCCCUGAAAAAGAACAUCGUAAGCAAUGCCGAUUACAAAAUGCAAAAAAUUAAAACCGAGCCGCCACCAGCCACUAAUUCUUCACUCAGCAUGGAUACCGCCGAGCCUAAUCAUUUGUUGUCCUCGAACCAUGCAGCGACAGGAAAUGAUUUCGACACCUACUUUGCAUGUGACAUUUGCAAAAAGGUGUGCGAGGAUAAAUCGAGUCUUUUGAGGCAUCUGGAGACUCAUGCAGUGGCCAAUGCGGCUUGUUCUUCAGUUUAUAGCAGUUCCACUUCAGUUGGUGGGAGUGAGGCAACCGGUGUACAAAAAUCGUCCUAUGUGCCAAAGAAGAGACGUAGAAUAUCGCAACAGGAAAACACUUCGGAUCAUGUAUGUCUUCAGUGCGAUAUCUGUUCCACGCGCUUUGAAACACCUCAAGAAUGGGUACGCCAUAUGAGCACCCAACAUACCGAAGUGGAAUUAGCGAUAUAUAAUAACAAAAAAGAUGCUGAGAAGAACCAACCACAAUCUAGCUCGAAUCACAAGAAAAUGAGUUGUAACAUACAGCAACAUCAUUCCCAAAGGGUUCAAGCCUUAAGUAGCGGCAGCACAAAUUCCAAUUUAUCAAACAAUUCUUCCGUUUUAUGUACUUCUUCACCCAAUGGCAGUGGCAUUAACGAUGCCAAUGCAACAGGCUAUUUAAGAACCACCUUAUCUCCAGCUUAAACAUAUAGAUGUGAAAUAAAUCGAAACUUUUUUAAAUUAUUGCAUACAUAAAACCUAUGUCUGUCUACACAACAUACACAACACCCGACUCACGUAUUUUAUUAAAAACAAAAAAAAAAAAAAAUUAAGUAAAUUAAAUUAUUCGAAAUCGUUUAACGAAUUUUAUUAACCAGAAGGACGUUUUUAGAGAAUCAUCAUUCGCGGGUAAUCCGGCAGUUGUCACAAAUAUUACGAAAAUGCAUUCAUACCUUUAUAUUUAUUUAAAAAAAAAAUAAAAUUUAACUUUUCUCUAAAUUA